AUGAAGCGGGCGCUAACUUCACUGCCCUCAGAUUUGAGUCCGCAUCUACUACAAGGAGUGCCAUUGAGCAUUUGCCUGAGUGGUUGUGGACAGCAUUGGGCAGCUCCAAGCCAAUACACAGAUGAUUUCUACGCAACGCGUCGGUUCUGCCAGAGAGCGGAAAAUUUCGAUGUCUUUCUGAGCCACGAUUGGAAAACAUCGCGAUGGCUAAAACUCUGCUCACUUGUGAUGAUGUUCAACGUCCGUGCUGCCUCUAUCUUAUCUAUGCUAGUUAGCUUUGCGGUGGGUCUCUUGCGCGUGUACCAUGUCUUGCCUGACGAGAGAUGGACUGAAAUAUUUCCACUGAUCGCAUUCUAUUUGCUUCUCUUCUUCUGGCAGAAUAUCCGGGAGCUCUUCUUGCGGCCGUUAGUCGUGUUUCUGGAUCGUCUCUGUAUUUCGCAGACUAACGACAAACUCAAAGAGCAAGGCAUUCUGGGACUCGCUGGUUUCCUGGACAGGUCAAACAUCCUAGCAGUUCUUUGGUCACCGCGCUAUUUCAAGAGAGCAUGGUGCACCUAUGAACUUGGAACUUUUCUACGAGAGCCUGGCAAGGAGAAGUCGGUUCGCAUCAUGCCCGUCAAGCUGGCACCGACACUUCUUGCCUUUUGCGUCUGCUGGCAAGUGAUUCGAUUUGCCCACGAUGCAGCCAGUGAGUACUUUGAUCAGUCGGGUGAACAAGAGUGGCUAAUUGUGGGUGGUUCAGUGCUUUUCAUCCUCUUCUGCGGCGCGCCCCUCUACAUGUUUGUUGGAAUGGGGCUGAUCCGUGACAUCCAGGCCUUGCCGGAGCACCUCGAUGGCUUCAAGAUCCAAGAUGCUGAGUGUUUCUGCUGCGCCAACAACCACAGCAAUCCCAGUACAGGAGAGGAGCUGAAGUGUGACCGGCGACUGAUUUUCCGGACGUUGAAGAAAUGGUACGGCACUCCGGACGAAGACACUGAGGCGCACCUGGAAACCUUCAACUCUCUGGUCAGAAGCCGGCUUUCACAGACUAUUCGCCAAACCGUAGGGGGCUACACGCUCCCGUUAAGGCAGUAUGUGUACAUCACGCUCGGCUCCAACGCACCGCAACUGGCUGACUACAUCUCAAAGAUCGGAGCCGGACCAUGCCCUCCUGCAGAACUGGUCUCUGACUUGGAUCGUGCUGUGUGGGCUACCCGGUGGAUCAUCAGGUGGAUGAAUGUUUCCUUGCAGAUGCUGUUUGGUAUUUGGGUCAGCAUCGUGAGUUGGAAGCUGGGUGUGUGGCUGAUGCGAUACUUCAGUAGAAUCACUUUGGCUCUGAUCCUCCCAUACCUCAUCUUUCCAUGUGUGCUGGCUGUAGCUUGGCUGCCGCUCCGGAUCACCUUUGAUCUCACUUCGCACACCAGCUUACUGCCCGCUCUCCCAUUUCUUGCGCUGCUCACCAUCACUUUGUGCCUUUUUUCGGCAGGAGCGUCACCCAAGAUGAUUGCUCCUGACACAAAUUUGGAUGAGCAACUGAAACCCAAAACGCAACUCAAAGCAGCUUGGGAGAAAGAGGAUGUACAGAACGCUGCCCGGGCUGCAACUCAAGAUACUUUUUAA